UAGGGGGCUCAGCAGAAAAACAACAUUUGUGUCUGAUUCAUGUGGAUCAAAGUGAAACUGGAGAUCAUUACUAACAAGUUUUGUGGUUCAAAAGAUUAUUUUUUUAUGACCACCUUACACCAAACUAUGGAGACGACGCCCCGACCCACUACAGAAAUUAGGGUGGUUCCUACAAUGAUAAAGUUGAUGUAUUUAUUAGAGGCACAGCUGUUAAACAGCUGGUGAUAAAAAUAUCAUUCUCCCUCCAACAAGAAUCAUUAAAUAUAAGAAAGAUCAAACAAAUGACGACACAAUGAGUCCUCACAAACCUGUUUUUUUUUUUACGUGUGACUUUUAUUUUGAAGGUUCCGAUCGGGAAGUUACGUUCGUUCUGUGUGAUGAACACCUUUUUACUUCGACACUAAUGUACAGAUUUACUGUGUCAACUGAAUUAUUUUGAUAAAGAGAAGAAGUGAAGAUCAGCUGAGAUGGCAGAAUCUGAACAUCCCGGUUAAUUGGCGGGACUUGCUCAUUGGUUCACUGAUUGCGCCAGGUGCAUUUGUGAUGACCCUGUUGAUUGGCUGCACGGCAGCAACUUCAGGGUACAUUUGACCCUCCAGAACCAGCACACACUGUAGUCCUUCAGCAUAUCUUCCUCAUCGUAAACCGGCACCAGCACCAGGUUUUGACCCGCAGCAGGAUGGCUUGUGAAAUCCGCAGUGACACCGAGCUGGAGCAGGCCGAAAAUACUGAGGACCGCGUUGUAAAGACAGGUAGUGUGUUUCGCCCCAUGCUGCGCGGACUCUUCUGGCCCUUCGGCAUCAUGGUGCGCACAUACCGCGGGUUUUGGUGGCUGUUGGGCUUCCGGCAGCCACUGGAGAUCGCCGUCGUCAGCCCCACGGUCUCCAUCCUGCCCCGCUGGGUGCAGAGCGCCAUGGGCUACCCAGUGUCCACCAGCAUCGGGAGAUCCCUCUCACCAGAAAGGAGUAGAAGACGAAGUAUGGAUAAUCCCCCAUCAGUGAGGAUGGUUCUUGUUGGGAAAACUGGAUCAGGAAAGAGCUCCAGUGGAAACACCAUGCUGGGAAGAGACGCCUUUGGUUCAGCUGUCAAUUACUUCUCAGUCACCAGACAGUGCUGUAAGCAGACAGGUGAGGUGUUGGACAGGCAGCUGACCAUCGUCGACACUCCCGGACUCUUCGACACUUCGAGGCCCGAUGAAACUGUGGAGAGAGAGAUCUCCAAAUGCAUCAACAUGUCGGCCCCGGGGCCCCACGCCAUCCUGCUGGUCAUUAAACUGGGGCCUUUCACAGAGGAGGAAAGAGACGCCGUCAGGAAGGUGGAGGAGAUGUUUGGAGAAGAUUUCUGGAAGUACACCAUCAUCCUCUUCACACACGGAGACAAAGUCACGGCAGACUUUAAGAUGGAGGAAGAGGCUGUACCCGAGCUGCAGAAGGUCCUGGAGAAGGUGGAGAACAGGUAUCACAUCUUCAACAAUCUCAAGAUCAACGAUCGGGGACAGGUCCUGGGUCUGUUAAAGAAGGUAGACGAGAUGGUUGAGGCCAACGGAGGACAGUUUUACUCCAACUACACCUACAAGGAGGUGGUGGAGAUGCUGAGUCAGAGAGAGGCCGAACUCAGAGAGUUCUACGAGAAGAAACUGGAGGAAGAAAUCAAAUCUGUCGAGUUAAAGUACGAGAAGAAGCUGAGUGAAGCUCAACAGGAGCGCCAAAACGUGGAGAAACAACUGCAGGAAGAGCUGCAGGAAGUGAGGCGUUAUUAUCGUGCUUUAGAGAGCGGAGUCCGUCAUGUCGUAGAGCAGAUGGUGCAAAGAGACUCUCUCAGUGAGGUUCUUUCCCAGUUUCCUGAGAAGCUGAAGCUGAAUUUCGCCGAACUCGCUGUGGAAAGCUCCCACCAGCUUGCCGUACCCCGGUGCAUCAUGGGAGGUGACGGCAGCCUGAAAGGCGUCGCCCCAAACAGCCGGACCGCCGGGACGCAUCAGGUAGGAGACCAGCUCGUACACACCUGGAACACACCUGCUGUUAUCGUCCAAUCACAUCACACCUGCUACAUGAACCCAGGUCAGGAUCCAGAUCUCACCAUCGUCCUGAUGGGAAGAAUGGGAGUUGGUAAAAGUGCUUCAGGAAACACCAUCCUGGGACGACCAGCAUUUGUGUCAAAGCUGUCCUUUAAAUCGGUGACCAAACAGAUCAGAGAACAAACAGGAAGUUUUGGGGAACCGAUCUCAGUGGUCGACACUCCAGGAAUUUUAGAAAGUGAGGACACAGAGAAAAAGAUUAAAGACUUCUGUCAGAGUCUCCUGUUGUCCUCGAGACGUUGUCUGUUUCUGGUGGUGAUCAGAGUUGGACCAUUUAUAAAGGAGGACCAGGAGGCUGUGAGAGCAGCUAUGAGAGUCCUCGGGCCUCGGGGGAUGAAGAAGAGUUACCUGCUCUUCACUGGUGGGGAUGCUUUAGAGGGCAUGACACUGGAGGAGUUUAUCUCUGAAGAUGGAGAUAAAGGUAUUCUUCCAGAUGUUAUUAGAAAGUUUGCGGGGGCCUAUCAUCUAUUCAACAAUGGAAGUGACGAUGAAGAACAAGUCAGAAUGCUGCUGCAGAAGUCCGGCCACCUCAGAACCCAGGAAACAGACGUGAGCCCAGAUCUCACCAUCGUCCUGAUUGGAAGAACAGGAGUUGGUAAAAGUGCUUCAGGAAACACCAUCCUGGGACGACCAGCGUUUGUGUCAAAGCUGUCCAUGAAGUCAGUGACGACACAGAUCUCUGAACAAACAGGAAAUGUUUUGGGGAAGCAGAUCUCAGUGGUCGACACUCCAGGAAUAUUAGACUCUGAGGACACAGAGGAGGAGAUUAAAGACUUCUGUCAGAGUCUCCUGUUGUCCUCCAGACGUUGUCUGUUUCUGGUGGUGAUCAGAGUUGGACGGAUCACAAAGGAGGAGAAGAAGGCUGUUCAGGCAGCUAUGAGAGUCCUCGGGCCUCGGGGGAUGGAGAAGAGUUACCUGCUCUUCACUGGGGGGGAUGCUUUAGAGGGCGGGACAGUGGAGAAAUUUCUCUCUGAAAGAAACGAGGAAGAAAUGCUUCCAGAAGUUAUUAGAAGGUUUGCCGGUGCAUAUCAUCUAUUCGACAAUGGAAGAGAUGAUGAAGAACAAGUCAGAGAGCUGCUGCAGAAGUCCAUCCACGUCAACACCCAGGAAACAGUCGAUGAUUCCUGGAACCGGAGGAUCGUGCUGCUCGGUCUUCCUGAAACUGGAAAAAGUUCCUGUGGGAACACCAUCUUAAGAUCUAAAGAUCAGUUUGAACCAGGCUGUGGCUUUGGUUCAGUCACUAGAAAGACUGUCUCUAAGUCAGCCAUAGUGGAGGGUCGUCAGGUCACGGUGGUCGAUACUCCAGGGUUCACUGAUAAAGUUCUGACUGCUGAACAGCUGUUUGAAGAGAUCCUGAAGGCAGUAGUAGAGGCCAGUCCAGGACCUCAUGCCUUUGUUAUUGUGGUCAGACUAGGCAGAAUCACUGAAGCAGACAUCAAACUGUUUGAGAUGCUUCCACUACUGUUCAGCAGAGAUGCUCUGAAAUACUCCAUGGUGCUUUUCACUCAUGGAGACGAGCUGGGAGGUCGGUCCAUUGAUGAUUUGAUAAAGUCUGACCAUCAUGUGUCAGACCUGGUCUCCAUGUGUGGAGGUAGAUUCUGUGUGUUUGACAACAAAACCAAAAGAAGCAGAGAUCAGGUCAGAGACUUCCUGAGUAAAGUAGAUGAGAUGGUCUCAGGUAACGGUGGAGAACACUACACUGAUGAGAUGGUCAGGAUGGCUCAGACUUUCAUUAAUGAAGAAAGGAACAUGUCUGAGAGCCCAGCCAGAACUAAUAUACGCAGAAUAUAA